AUGCCCUACCCGGAAUCAUUUAAUGCGACACACACGAUUAAGGACUGCAGUCAGUGUACGAAUCACCUCUCAUUGUUUACAUUUCGAAACGCUGUCUUUCCUUGGUUUUUGGGGUUGUCACUGACACAGGAUCAAACCUAACCCCGCAAUGAGGACAAAUAUCGCUAAUACAGUUUGAAGAAACCCCCCCGAGGUAAUAUCGAGCAGCCAAGCGACGACUAGCCCUGUGUGCUAACUUACCCAGCUCCAUCUUUAUCGUAUCGCCCGGUGCUUCAGAAAUGGCAAGUUAGUCUUCGCGAGUUUUCGUCCUGCUUGGAUGUCAAGAGCAAACAGAUGAGUGAGGGGAAAUAGCGCCGAGUGAGCCUAAAGGCCAGACUCAACCUUCGCUUGAGGAAUAUCGCAGGGUGCACAAUGUUUGGUGUGCCUCAAAGCUCCAAGUCCGAGUUCCUGGACAAAGCCAGGCAGGCCAGGGAGGAGAGGAAGGGGCAUAAGGAGAAGGAGAGAGCAGCAACCCAGAUCCAAGCUCUGGUCAGGAGGUUCCUCUGUCGAUGCAAACUCCAGAAGCAACUAAGGACAGAGGUUGAUAACUAUUUUCAAGCCUCUGAAACUGGAACAUCAAAAAGAAAUGCACUUUCACUUUUUAAAAAUGCUCGGAAAUUACUGUUCAUAUAUUGCCAAGAGGAUAAGAUGAGGUUUGAGAAGCUUUGUCGUGCCAUUCUGGCCAGCAUGGAGGUUGAAAAUGAACCUAAAGUCUGGUAUGUGUCACUGGCCCUUUCCAAAGACCUUACAAUUCCCUGGCUCAAGCAGGUAAAAGAUGUCCUGUGGGUCUGCUGUCAGCUACUGAAAAAUUUAAAGCCUGACAUACUACAGGACAAUAAAAUGAUAACGCUGUACCUCACUAUGCUGGUGACCUUCACAGACACCUCAACCUGGAAGAUAGUGCGAGGGAAGGGAGAAGCUCUCAGACCUGCUCUGAUGAGGAUGUGUGAAAAUAUCAUGGGGCAUCUCAAUCAGAAGGGGUUUUAUUCAAUGCUUCAGAUUUUGCUAACCAAUGGCUUGGCACGGUCUAAACCAUCUCUGUCUAAAGGCACUCUAACAGCUAUCUUCACUUUGUCACUAAGGCCGGUUAUUGCUGCUCACUUCUCUGAUAACCUGCUGAGAUCGUUCCUCAUCCACAUCAUGUCAGUUCCAGCUGUCGUUCAUCACCUCAAUGUGCUUACACCAGAGUGUAUGGCAUCAAUCCAGACGCAUGACCUCCUGAGGAAGUUCAUUUUAUUUCUCAGCCGAGAAGAACAAUGUUCAGACAUCUGUGUGUGUUUAGAGGGCAGCCAUACUCUCUGCUUACUUGGCAAUCUGAUUCACUUGGGUUUCCUUAAUGAGAAAGUCCUUGAAGAGGAGGCCGGCCAUUUUGUGAAGGACCUUACUGACAUGCUGUCAUACUGCCAGAGAUAUGUAUCCCAAAAGAAGUCUAACCUUACCCACUGGCACCCUGUCCUGGGCUGGUUCUCCCAAACUGUUAACUUCAUCCAGACCUUUUUCCAGUAA